GUCAAGGCUGCAGAGGCCAUGAUGGAGUCAAAAUGACGACAUCCAAAUAUGACGUUGUUCAAGGAACGACUCCAUUCAGGGACUCGUGUGGGCCAAAGCGACUCCAAAAUGAAGUAAUGAUGCUCUCAUAUGCUCGCCACGCGCGCGAGAUUGUGAGUUCACCAACUUUUUUCGCGAUUCCACGAAUUGCUCGGCGCACUCAAAAUCUCGCUGCAUUUAGCUUCUGCCGCCUUCAUUCCUGGACACCCUGCAGACGCACGCCCGGUCAGCGUUCGCCGUUAUUCAAAUCUCAUCUUCCCCUGUUUUUCUCUGCUUACACUUUGUCGUCGUCAGGCCCUAGAAUGGGCUCCUUCUGUGCCCUAGACGAGCCUCUGCAUUAUCCUAUUGCUCCUAGAGACGAGUCUAUCAUCGAUGACUUCCAUGGCGUUAGGAUUGCCGAUCCUUAUAGAUGGCUUGAGGAUCCUGACGCGGAAGAAGUAAAAGAGUUUGUACAGAAGCAGGUUGAAUUGACGGAUUCCGUGCUUCAGCUAUGCGAUGCUAGGGAGAAGCUUCGUGAAAAGAUCACAAAACUCUUUGACCAUCCUCGCUAUAAUCCUCCCUUUAGGCGAGCAAAUAAGUACUUCUAUUUCCAUAAUUCCGGUCUUCAGCAACAAGACGUCCUAUAUGUUCAGGAUACUUUGGAGGGAGAACCAGUCGUUUUGCUUGAUCCCAAUGUCCUCAGUGAAGAUGGAACCGUCUCAUUAAACACACUUUCGGUGAGCGAGGAUGCAAAGUAUUUGGCUUAUGGUCUUAGUUCAAGUGGUAGCGAUUGGGUGACAAUACAGGUAAUGCGUAUUGAGGACAAGAAAGCUGAGCCUGAUAUUUUAUCCUGGGUCAAGUUUUCUUCUAUAAGCUGGACACAUGAUAGCAAAGGUUUCUUUUAUAGUCGUUAUCCAGCUCCCAAAGAUGGAGAAGUGGUAGAUGCUGGCACUGAGACGAAUGCUAACCUUUAUCAUGAGCUCUGUUAUCAUUUUUUGGGUACUGAUCAAUCAGAAGAUAUCCUUUGCUGGAGAGAUCCUGAAAACCCUAAAUAUAUGUUUGGAGCAAGUAUUACUGAUGAUGGAAAGUAUGCCCUUCUUUAUACUGAAGAAGGAUGUGAUCCAGUUAACAAACUUUACUACUGUGACAUGACUGCUCUUCCCGAUGGGCUGGCGAGUCUUCGAAAUGAAAAUGCCCUACUCCCAUUUGUCAAGCUUGUUGAUAAUUUUGAUGCACAGUAUCAAGCCAUUGCAAAUGAUGACAGUGUAUUUACUUUUUUGACAAAUAAAGAUGCUUCAAAAUAUAAACUAGUUCGAGUUGAUUUGAAAGAACCGACUGUAUGGACUGAUGUUCUCCCAGAAUCUGAAAAAGAUGUACUUGAGUCAGCAUGUGCUGUAAAUGGUAACCAAAUGAUUGUGAGCUACUUGAGUGAUGUGAAGUAUGUUCUGCAAGUGAGAGACUUAAAAACAGGCUCCUUGCACCAUCAAUUACCAAUCGACAUAGGCACAGUUUUUGGAAUUUCUGCACGGCGUGAAGAUAAUGUGGUUUUCAUAGGCUUCACUAGCUUUUUAACUCCUGGUAUCAUAUAUCAGUGCAAUUUGGAAAAUGAGGUUCCUCAUAUGAAGAUUCUCCGUGAAAUUAUUGUUCCUGGGUUUGACCGCUCUGAGUUUCUUGUCAACCAGGUCUUUGUGCCCAGCAAGGAUGGUACCAAGAUCCCAAUUUUCAUUGUUGCCAGGAAAAAUAUUGUUUUGGAUGGCUCACACCCUUGUUUAUUAUAUGGAUAUGGUGGUUUUAACAUCAGUCUCACUCCAUCUUUUAGUGUAAGUCGCAUUGUUCUUACAAGACAUCUAGGUGCUGUUUUCUGCAUAGCAAAUAUACGUGGUGGUGGAGAGUAUGGGGAGGAAUGGCAUAAAGCAGGCUCCCUUGCUAAAAAGCAGAAUUGUUUUGAUGACUUCAUUUCUGCAGCUGAAUACCUUGUAUCAACUGGUUAUACCCAGCCCAAUAAGUUAUGCAUUGAAGGUGGAAGCAAUGGUGGACUUCUAGUAGGGGCCUGUAUAAAUCAGAGACCUGAUCUUUUUCGCUGCGCACUGGCACAUGUGGGUGUUAUGGAUAUGUUGCGAUUUCACAAGUUCACGAUAGGUCAUGCUUGGACCUCAGAUUAUGGUUGCUCAGACAAGGAGGAAGAGUUUAACUGGCUUAUCAAGUACUCGCCACUGCAUAAUGUGCGGAGACCAUGGGAGGAGUAUCCUGAUGAGUCAAUUCAGUACCCAUCAACCAUGCUGUUGACAGCUGAUCAUGAUGAUCGUGUUGUACCAUUGCACUCUUUGAAGCUGCUGGCGACCCUGCAGUAUGUUCUCUGUACGAGCCUAGAAAAAAGCCCCCAGACAAACCCUAUAAUAGGUCGCAUUGAAUGUAAGGCUGGACAUGGGGCAGGCCGACCAACGCAGAAAAUGAUUGACGAGGCUGCUGACCGCUACGCUUUCAUGGCAAAAAUGUUAGACGCGCAUUGGACUGAAUAGUGGCCAGUCAGACAAACGUUACACAUCAAGAGAUUAUUUCCUUUCAGCAAGGAAACAAAUACACUCAGUUUCUACGCUUUUUCCCUGGAAUAAUCUGGGGAUUCAUGUUCUAGAUGUUUAUACUUUCCGAACCGCAUAUGGGGACCCGUAAGGACUUUAUUUACAUGUCAUUUAUUUUCUAAUUCUAUACACGAUGGAAAACACUUUCGGGAUCACGGAGUUGCUAGUAAAAUUUGUGGCUUUUAUUGCACAUUUUAUCAUAA